AUGGCCUCCCAUCAUGACGAGCACAAGAAGAAGGUUAAUUUGACCGACGCUUCCGGCGCGGAUGUCAAACAUGAGGAUGAUACCGCGACUGCGAUUCUCAAGAAGAAGAAGAAGCCCAACCAGCUGAUGGUCACCGAUGCCGUCAACGAUGAUAACAGCAUCAUUGCCUUGUCCGAAGCUACAAUGGAUGCCCUGCAGUUAUUCAGAGGUGACACAGUUCUUGUCCGAGGCAAGAAGAGAAAGGACACCGUCCUCAUUGUCCUGGCCGAUGAGGAGCUUGAUGACGGUAGCGCCCGCAUUAACCGAGUUGUUCGACACAACCUCCGUGUCAAGCACGGCGACAUGAUCACCAUCCUUCCUUGCCCCGAUAUCAAAUACGCCAAGAGAAUCGCCGUGUUGCCCAUUGCCGACACCGUCGAGGGCAUCACUGGCUCUUUGUUUGACGUCUUCCUUGCCCCUUACUUCCGUGAGGCUUAUCGACCAGUCCGGCAAGGCGAUCUCUUCAUUGUACGUGGUGGUAUGCGGCAAGUGGAGUUUAAGGUGGUAGAGGUCGACCCCCCAGAGUACGGUAUUGUUGCACAAGACACAGUCAUUCACUGCGAAGGCGACCCUAUCGAGCGAGAUGAGGAAGAGAACAAUUUGAACGAGGUUGGCUAUGACGACAUCGGUGGUUGCCGCAAGCAAAUGGCCCAAAUCAGAGAGAUGGUAGAGCUGCCUCUCCGUCACCCUCAGUUGUUCAAGUCUAUUGGCAUCAAGCCCCCUCGUGGUGUCUUGCUCUACGGUCCUCCUGGUACUGGUAAGACGCUCAUGGCCCGUGCCGUCGCAAACGAAACUGGUGCAUUCUUUUUCCUCAUCAAUGGUCCCGAGAUUAUGUCCAAGAUGGCUGGUGAAUCAGAAUCAAAUCUGCGAAAAGCUUUCGAGGAAGCUGAGAAGAACUCGCCCGCCAUCAUCUUCAUCGACGAAAUCGACUCAAUUGCCCCCAAACGAGAGAAGACCAACGGUGAAGUCGAGCGACGUGUCGUAUCUCAGCUUCUGACCCUCAUGGACGGCAUGAAGGCCCGAUCCAACGUUGUCGUCAUGGCCGCCACCAACCGACCCAACUCUAUCGACCCUGCUCUUCGACGAUUCGGUCGCUUCGACCGUGAGGUGGAUAUUGGUGUUCCUGACCCCACUGGUCGUCUCGAAAUUCUUCAGAUUCAUACCAAGAACAUGAAGCUCGGCGAUGAUGUUGAUUUGGAGCAGAUUGCCGCUGAGACCCAUGGUUAUGUUGGUUCUGAUGUGGCUGCCCUCUGCUCCGAGGCUGCCAUGCAGCAGAUUCGCGAGAAAAUGGAUCUCAUUGAUCUUGAUGAGGACACCAUCGACGCAGAGGUCCUCGAUUCCCUUGGUGUUACCAUGGAAAAUUUCCGCUUUGCCCUCGGCGUUUCCAACCCCUCUGCCUUGCGCGAGGUGGCCGUCGUGGAGGUUCCCAACGUUCGCUGGGAAGAUAUCGGUGGCCUUGAGGCUGUCAAGCAGGACCUCCGAGAGCAGGUCCAGUACCCCGUCGACCACCCCGAGAAAUUCCUCAAGUUUGGUCUUUCUCCCUCUCGAGGUGUGCUGUUCUAUGGCCCUCCCGGUACUGGUAAAACUAUGUUGGCCAAGGCUGUUGCCAACGAGUGCGCUGCCAACUUUAUCUCAGUCAAGGGUCCCGAAUUGCUCAGUAUGUGGUUUGGUGAAUCGGAAAGUAAUAUUCGUGACAUUUUCGACAAGGCUCGUGCCGCCGCUCCUUGCAUUGUCUUCCUUGAUGAAUUGGAUUCUAUUGCCAAGGCCCGAGGUGGCUCUGUUGGUGAUGCCGGUGGUGCUUCCGACCGUGUUGUCAACCAGCUUUUGACGGAAAUGGAUGGCAUGACCUCAAAGAAGAACGUCUUCGUUAUUGGUGCCACCAACAGACCCGAGCAGCUUGACCCUGCGUUGUGCCGUCCUGGACGUCUUGAUUCGCUCAUCUAUGUCCCUCUUCCCGACGAGCCCGGUCGUCUGAGCAUUCUCAAGGCUCAGUUGCGCAAGACCCCUAUGGCCUCAGAUAUUGACCUAGGGUAUAUUGCCAGCAAGACCAAUGGUUUCUCUGGUGCUGAUCUUGGAUUCAUCACUCAGCGUGCUGUCAAGAUCGCCAUUAAAGAAGCCAUCUCUGCUGAUAUCGAGCGCACCAAGGCUCGUGAGGCUGCUGGUGACGAGAUGGACAUGGACGAAGACAGUGAGGACCCCGUUCCGGAGCUGACCAAGGCUCACUUCGAGGAAGCUAUGCAGAUGGCUCGCAAGUCCGUUAGUGACGUUGAGAUCCGCCGGUACGAGGCCUUUGCCCAGCAAAUGAAGAAUGCUGGACCAGGUGCCUUCUUCAAGUUCCCUGACGGUACUGACGGGCAGGCUUCUGGCAACGGCGGGAAUGGGUUCGGUGAUGCCGGCAACGAUGAUGAUCUCUAUGACUAA